UGUACGUAAUGGAGUCCAUGUUAUAAAGAAAAAGUUGUAAUCGUGAAAAUACGUAAUUGUGAUAAAAAUAUCAAUGAAAUCUCAGUGCUAGUAUAAAUAUUUGAGUUCAUAUGAAUGAUCUAAUUUAUAUAAUAUGGAUGCCAACGUUUACGUUACGCUUACAAACAACCUCGUUUUCUCAAUGAUUUCGACUAACCUUGUGCGUAAAUCGUGUUUCGUGCCACAAACUUCUGCGAUCUGAGCUGCGACGAGAACAUUUAUGGUUUUACGGGGCCUUAACCAAAAGACAGAUGAAGGUAUGGCUUCGGACCAGCCUGUUAAAAAGAAGCAGAGGAUAGACGGUCCGGAUAUUGACGAGGGAAGCGACAAGUCCGCUGAUGAUAUACUCACGGACAUAUACGACACGGAGAUACCUCCAGCGGACAACUCAGGUGAUUUUAUCACCAGGAAUGGUGAAUCUCCCGACAGCGGAACCGUGAGUGAGGAUGCUGUGGACUGUUCAGCCAUCCUGAGGCUGUCUACAGAAGCAAACGCGAAUAUAACACCGUCAUGCUCAAAUAACACCCUCAAUUGGACUUCCGCUGAUGACAAACUUCUCGCAGAGCUCACUGUGGUACAAAAUGCACUCGUCGGACAAUGUUUAUGUGGCUUAAACAACAAUGCCCUAUCGGAGCUGUUUGAUAGAAGGUUACACAUUGCAGCAUGGCCAAUAACUUGUUCAUUAACUUACCUCUCUACUAUGCAGUUGAUGUUCGAUGUAUAUUUGAAGCAAAACAACAAUGGGACCAUAUGCUCAAAGCUCAUGUAUACCUGUGACAUGUUUGUACGAAACCGGCACGACUGGAUUACAGAAGUAGUGGAGUUGUCGGACCACAAAAGUAAGUUCUUAACAUUUGUAGCGUCUAGAGUUCUAGCGAGCUUUCUCAUUGUAUCUAAAGACACAGUAGACGAAAACUGGCUACAGCAAAUCACCGAGAAUGUCUACCUAUUUGAUAGAAUAAACAGAGUAACCGUGCAGAAGAUUAAUUUUAGUCUCGAUAUCAUUAAGAGGAUAGUCGAAUGGAAAGACGUGGAGCAGCAUCCUUUAGACGAGAGUAGAGGUAGCAUGGUGCAGGAGGAUAAUCCGUUUAGAAUUAGUUCUAGCUACAAUACAAGCACAACUUCUCAAGUGCCAUCUAGUUCUAACGAUGCAAACUUGCAUAGAACUUUUUCCAAUCUGCAAACACAAAGCUCUCCGUCUACAUCAACCGAUGAAACACCAGAGAGGCCGUUCAAACUUAAUGAACCGGUGCUCAAGUUGACACCACCUCAAACGAAUGGAGACGAACCAGUGUCACCGGAACCUCCACCGAGGAUGGAAAGGGUUAACGUCAAUGGAUGCGUUACUGUUGUUUUGACGGACUCUGAGUCAUUUGAUACGUCCCACAUCAAAUGUCUAAUGAUAAAAACAUUGGAGCACCACUGGCCUGUUUUAGUUAAAAAUAUGAAGCUGCUUCUUCUAAGGUACCUGAAUUUAUCUAAUGCUGAAAACUGCAUAUUAACUUUCUUCUCUCUGUGGGAGAAUAUUAUAAGUGUUAAGGCAAACCUCUCUGUCAUCGACACAAAACCGUUUUACGCUGAUCUGCAAAGUUUUGUUGAUUUACUAAGAAAUACGAAUCUGCCGAGCCUAAUAUAUAGCCAUUUACUCAGUCUUUUCAACGAAGUCCUGUGUUAUGGUUCCACAUUGGCUCUGCAGGAUAUUCUACCAGAAGAGAUUUGCUGCUUAGCCCACUCCAUAGUUAGAUACGUAAAGGAUUUUAGACUACUCAAUGACGUCAGAGUACAGAGUAAUAGAAGUGGCUUUGGUUUCCUAGGCAACGAAUGCAGAGUCAUCAAUAACUUUACAUUGGGUUCAGAAGUAACGCCUUUAUCUACAUCUAUACAGCUGGUCGAUCAAAGUUAUGGCGACGGAGAUGAUUCCCAAUCUAAGAGUGAAGUGGACAAAACCAUGCUGCAAAGAAUGUCUCUUCUAGUUCUCAAAUCAGUAGCCGUAACGGUUAAAGAGAUGAGAUGCGAUUCAUCGGACAGCUCAAUAGAUUCCUCUGAUUAUAAUGCGAUACAGGACAUGCAAAUCGUUGAACGAUCAAUACGUGAUGUAUUGAAGAAGUUGGACGCUUUCAUAAGAAACAGACUAGAGUUCCAUCCGGAAACACCAUUUACGAAAAUGCUCAUACAUCUCUUUAGCGAACAAGACGAUUAUUUGAUUGAAUCUAUGGUGUGUACGUUGGACAUAACAGUGGGUAUUGUUUAUAGGAAUUCAAUGUAUCCAGAUCUGAUCCCUAUGCUGAAUCCUAUCAUGUCGUUUAUAGAAUUCCUAAAGGUCGUAUCACAUGACAGCGAUGUGCUACUAGAUUAUCUGGUGAGCAACGAAACAUGCUUUCUGUUGUAUCUGUUGAGGUUCUUAAAAUAUGUGCGUAGAAAUUGGCCAAAAUUCCUAGAGACGUGCCAACAUAUAGAUUCUGGUACGAGAGGCCUCGAUGAUACAAUGAGAGUACUGAUACGUUUGCGUUUACAAAUAAGUAGAUUAGUUUCAAAGUCACUGUUCCCGUACAAUAUCAGUCCAGUGUUGAGGCUACUGGAGGUUUGCGAGAGUUUGUACGAAGGUAACGAAUUUAGCUGAGAAUGCAAUACAGGCUGUUGCAAAUAAGUUGCAUUUUUUUUUCAACCAAUUCAUAACUUUUAAUUUAAUGCA